AUGCCGAGUUUACCAGCAGUACUCCGUAGUGGGAAGAAGGCCGAGGCCAGUGGGCGGACUAGUAGCCCGCUGGAGCCCCCCAAUUUCCGUGGGCGCAGUGAUUGGUGUGACGAUGUGAUCGACAAGCAGGACCGUGGACCCAUCGCGUUCUUAGCGGCACGAGCCUGUGAACCGAGUGCCAAUUUUGGCUUCCUGGACGACCCGAUUGCCUGGACGCUAGACGACUGGCGCGCUAAAUGGGCCCCCCCCUCCAUCGACUCGGGCGCGUUAGGGGAAGCUCCCGGAACAAAGAAAAAGUCAAUCCAAAUUUGA